GGAGGGAGGAAUUAAAAAAAGAACUGGGGAAAAAUAAAAUCUCACUGUUAAAACAUCAUCAAAUUGUCUGAAACCGAGAUUUCAAACUGUCAAACAAUAAUAAUAUACUGUAAGAUUCAUCAAUAUGGACACAUGAAAUGAACUAAGCUCAAAUAAUUGACUCAUGAGAGCAUUAACAGGCCAUGUCCUAAAGGAAAACACAUGGUAGCACUAUCAUUUAAUACUCCUUGUUCCUUCGAGAAUCAGCUGAAUUAAGAAGCCUCAUAUUUUCCCAAUUUCACCUCAAAGAACAAAGAUGGAGAAAAGGGCUUCUCCUCCCUGUUCUUCAUCAAUGGCGACGGCGAACUGUACUAUUUUCCUCAUUUCCAUACUCAUAGUAGUCGCUUUUUCUUGUUCACUAUCCCAAGCAGAAGUUUCCAAAGUCGCAAACUUUGAUGAUAGUUUCAAUAAAACCUGUCCUGAAUCACAUUUCGCCGCCUCUGACGAUGGCCAGAAAUGGUUCCUCUCUUUGGAUAAGAAAUCAGGUUGCGGAUUUCAGACCAAAAAUAAGUACAGAUUUGGUUGGUUCAGCAUGAAGCUCAAAUUGGUCGCUGGCGAUUCUGCAGGAGUUGUCACAGCUUUUUUUAUGUGUUCACACAUUGACUUGGGACCAACAAGAGAUGAGCUAGAUUUUGAAUUCUUGGGAAACAGAACAGGGGAGCCUUACAUUAUCCAGACAAACGUGUACAAGAAUGGGACUGGAAAUCGUGAACAGAGGCACGUUCUUUGGUUCGACCCCACUGAAGAUUACCAUAGAUAUUCCAUUCUCUGGAACCCCCAUCAGAUUCUGUUCAUGGUGGAUGAAGUACCACUAAGGGUGUACAAGAAUGCAAACUACACAAACAACUUCUUCCCAAUUUCUCAGCCAAUGUACUUGUUCUCAAGCAUAUGGAAUGCGGAUGACUGGGCAACAAGAGGCGGUCUGGAGAAGAUCAACUGGACGAAUGCGCCAUUCGUAUCUUCUUACGCCGAUUUUGUUGUGGAUGCUUGCCAGUGGGAAGACCCAUAUCCAGCCUGUGUAUCCACCACUACAGAGAAUUGGUGGGAUCAGUAUCCUGCUUGGCAUCUCACCGAAAAACAAAAGAUGGAUUAUGCUUGGGUUAAUAGGAACCUUGUGAUCUAUAAUUAUUGCCAAGACAAGGAAAGAUUUGAUAAGGCCGGAGAGCCUAUGCCUGAAGAGUGUGGAUUGAGUCCUUGGGAUUGAUCAUAUUUGGUCUGGUUUGAAUGAUUCAUAGUACAUAAGAAUUCUUAUGUAGAGAGAGUUUUUGGUUUUAAGUAUAUAUAUAUAUAUGUAUCCAGCAUUUAUUUUGAUCCAUUCUAUUCUUUUGAAUCGAGGAUAUGGUAUAGCCAUAUAAUGGGAGAUACUGUAUUUUUUACAAAUGAUGAAAUUCGAGAUUUGGAUGUUUUGGGCAAACAUAAAAAGUGCUUUUGGGCGUCUCAUUGCUAUAUCUACGAUCAGUUGUCAUGGUGUACCUUCAAUUGUUACUUGAAUCAUUCCAUUUGUUUCUAGGUGAACCCAAAUUGUAUUUCAAGAUUUUAAUUUGUGCUCGUAUUGUGGAUUCGGGUAAAGUUUCCUUGGAAUCAUGCCGCUGCAAAGAAAGCCAGAAACCAUUGCUCUCAGUUGUUAGGAGUUACAUAGGUUGUGUUCUUAUUUUCCAAAAUAACUGUAUAUUUAUUGUACUAAAAUAGUGUAAACGAAAUAGAUGGAAUAAGAUGUAACUCUUUAGUUUUAGUAGUUGAACAAUAUACAAGAAAAUUAAUAGAUCACAAUUUUAG